AUGAGUCAGAAGGGGGCCCCCACCCCCCACCUCCUCACCUCCCUCGCCGCUGGGUACCCUUCUCUCCCCCCCGCCUGUCUAUACACCCUAACAACCACUGCAGCAGAGCUGCACAGCAUCUUACAGACCCUUGACGUGAACACACAGCAGCAGCAGCAGCAGCAGCAGCAGCAGCAGCAGCAGCAACAGCAGCAGCAGCAGCAACAGCAGCAGCAGCAAGGGGGGAUAGGUGAGGGUUCUUUCAGGUCUGCUGCUGCUGCUGCCUCAGCAGCAGCAAAUCCAACUGUCUCCUCACCAGAUCAAAAGGAGACAGCUGCAGCAGCAGCAGCAGCAGCAACAGCAGCAGCAGCAGCAGCAGCAGACAGCCCCCUACAAACGCAUGCAUGCAUUGUUCUCUCCCGCUGGACCCCCUACAACAGCAUCAUCACUCAUAGAGACGAACCCCGCAGACCCUCUUCAGCUGGGGGGGGCCCCCCAUCAGCAGGGGGCCCCCCGUCAGCAGGGGGCCCCCCGUCAGCAGGGGGCCCCCCGUCAGCAGGGGGCCCCCCGUCAGCAGGGGCCCCCCCAUCAGCAGGGGGCCCCCCAUCAGCUGGGGGGCCCCCAGGACUCCCGCUUGCUAGGGGCCCUUCGGGCGGAGACACCUGGAAUAUACACUACAUAUUCUACCCUCUUUUCCUCAACUCUAUCCCCCUCAGACACCUGGAAUAUACACUACAUAUUCUACCCUCUUUUCCUCAACUCUAUCCCCCUCCUGACCAUCACCAGCAGCACCAGCAGCACCAGCACCAGCACCAGCAGCAGCAGCAGCAGCAGCAGCAGCAGGAGCAGGAGCAGCAGCAGGAGCAGCACCAGCACCAGAAGCAGGAGCAGCAGCAGGAGCAGCAGCGGUUGCUGCUGCGGCCAGUGGUUGCUGCUGAUGGUUGCUGUGGGGCGGGAGGAGACGUCUCCCAGCUGUCUCUUUUUUUCGACUUAGUUCUGGGGGUCGACAGAGACCUGCUGAAGGGUGAGGGGGGGGAGGGGGGUGGUGGGGGUGGUGGGGUUGCUGCGCCGGUUGUGCUGCUGCAUCAGCAGCUGCAGCAGCUGCAGCAGUUCAGAGGAAACUGGAGUAUACGCCAGUACCUGCAACAGCAGCAGCAGCAGCAGCAGCAGCAGCAGCAAAAUAUGACGUUGAGGGGGCUGCUGCAGCACCAAGAGUCUCUUAACCAAAAAUUUAAUAAAAGGCUGCAGACAUAUCAAUGGAGAGACUCAAAAUCUGCUGCCGUUUCUGUACAAUCAAUAAUCCUGCUGCUGCUGCUGCAGCAGCAGCAGCAGCAGAAGCUGCAGCAGCAGCAGCAACUGCAGCAGCAGCAACAACACCAACAACAACACCCGAAACACAACAAAGCCCCCCAAAUGUCUCCCCUGGGGGCCCCCCCUUGGGGGCCCCUGGCUAUAAUAGUAUAUAUGGUGCGCGAGGUGAAGGCGUGGCUGCAGAGCCGCGGUAUCCCCCCGAAGCCGAGCUUCAUGCAGCAGCAGCAGCAGCAGCAGCAGCAGCAGCAGCAGCAGCAGCGGCAGCAGCGGCAGCAGCGUCAGCAGCAGCAGCAGCAGCAGCAGCAGCAGCAGCAGCAGCAGAACAAAGGGUGGUUGUGUCGGGUUUCUGGGGUGUAUAGACAGCCCAACAAGAGUGGGUUUUGUCUCUCUUUAUAUCGCCCCCCCCCCCUUAGCAGUGAAUAUGAUUUUAUAUUAUCUGAGCUGCGUAUACACCCCAAAUAUUCAGGUGUACACGCAGCUCCUGCUGCUGCUGCUGCUGCUGCUGCUCCUGCUCCUGCUGCUCCUGCUGCUGCUAGAUACGCCCUCACAGCUCCAGCACUCUUUACCCAGAACGUAGAACAACAGCAGCAGCAACAGCAGCAGCAGCAACAGCAGCAGCAGCAGCAGCAGCAGCAGCAGCAGCAGCUUCAGCCUUCUUUCUCUCAACUUAUAGAAGCAAUCAAAGACGCUAUGCAUGCAAUAUUAACACAAAAACAAAAAAAAAGAGGGGGCCCCCUGGCGGAGCAGGUAUGGGGGCCCCCAGCAGCAGGGGGGCCCCCAGCAGCAGGGGGGCCCCCAGCAGCAGGGGGGCCCCCAGCAGCAGGGGGGCCCCCCUUGCUUCCUGCUGCAGUUGAGCUGCUGCUGAAGGCUGGAGAUAUAGGAGAGGCCUUGGCGCUGUUUGCUGCUCACUGUGAAAAAAUAAAUAAAUAA